AUGUCGUCAGACAUUCAUUUUUCCAUCUCAGUGAGUCGUACAACAUCCGGAUCGUCUUCCAAUGAUGAUGAGCAGAAUCAUCCAACAAAUCUCUUCUGUUGUUCUUCUACAUCUCACGUUGAACAACUAUCAUUACAACCGGACACACAGCCUAAUUCUAACAUUGAUCGCAAUUAUCUCUAUGGGGAUCAAAUAUUGAACUCGUUUGCACGUCGAUCAAUUCAUAUGAACUUUAUGAUCCAUGAUUGUGUCACAUAUGCUUAUAUUACAACAUUAGCUUCCAUUUUGGAUGAAUGGAUUCGAGAGAACUAUCGAGAAAAGCUCUGGAAAACAUACUUAAAAUUAGGUCAACAGUGGGAUUAUUGGGCACCAGAAGUGCUUCGAUCGAUUUCGAGAUCAUCUAAUGCCGAUGCAAGAGUCAAAUUCAUCGAGGACAAAUUGAAUACAUUACGUCUUCAUGUUCGUUCUCUCAUUCAUGAUUACAUUGAAUGUUCCUGGACAUUCAAACAGCAUAGGAGACGCAACUGUGACACAGAAACCGUCACACGUCUUUUGGAACUCUCUAGAUUGAAUAUUAGUGGAAUGACAUUCCCUAUGGAAAACUUUAAUGAUUCCACUUUGAAAUUGGAAAAAUAUGUCCGUGAUUAUAUUAUGCGUCACAAUCGACACUUUCGCCAAUUCAUCGACAACAAAAUUCAACGAACUAAAUUCCAUGCUUCUCAUCAUCUUUCCAUAAAACAUUUUAUGGAGAAUCAGUAA